GCUCUGGUCCAGGUCCGGGCUGGGAACAUGCAAUCGUAGGGCGUUAGGACCCGGUGUGCGUCUCCUGGACCCAGGGCGUCCCAGUCCGGGAGCCACGGGCGGAGAGGCAUGAAUGAGAGGCUGGAGGGGAUCGCGGCUGAAAGGGCUUGUGGCGGAAUAGCUCUGCCGUCGCCAGGCAACCAUCCUGACGCAACGCAAAAAAAAAAAAAAAAGUCCCUUAAAAAAAAAAAGAAGAGUGCUGAGAAUUCACAAGAGCACGAGAGAAAGGGAGGUAAGAGCCAGCUUAGCCCCCGAGGCCGGGGCCAGAGGCUGCAGAGCGGAGAGCCCGCGUCGGGAGGAGGCGGGGACAUCGGCGACACCCCUGGAAGGGGUCUUCGAGCGCCCCGGAAGGUGUGCAAACGGAAGCUCUGAAUGAUAAACUGAGGUGCAACCAUCAGCACAGGACGUUGCAAACCGAGCUGUACUGGGAGACACACCUGGGAGGACACGGGGCCUGCACCAGCCAGCAGAUUUCACACCACCUGCCCUUCCCCAUGAGGAGGGAGCUCAGCCCAACUUCCCCGCCAGUCUCUGAUCUGCCUGCACCUCCAGCACUGAUAGAUCUUCUUGGCAAAGCUGCCCCCAAAGAUUCCUGCUAAUGCUUGUCUGUUCCUGCCUUUUGCGAAGCAUGGCGCCCACAGGAUUCCGGGAAGGAUCUUAAAUUCCGGAACACCACAGCUGCUCCAGAGGGCACUCUGUGUGGCUCAGCCACAGUUCCUCUCAGCUCUGGGAGCUGCUCACACCCCAGCGAUGCCCGCAGGAGCCUUGGCCCCAGCUGGGUGAGACCAUUCCAGAGCGGGACCCAACCUGACCAUCCGCCAAAAUUCCCACGCCACCCCACCACCUCCCAUGUCUGGGUGUCCUGGCAGACGCUAGAAUGUCUGUGCCCCAGAUUCAAGUAGAAGAAGUGGUGGUGGGAGAAGAAGGGCCUGCAGGAACGGCCCAGCUUCCCGACGACCACCUCCGGAGCCUGAAGGCCCUUACUGAGAAACUGAGGCUGGAGACCCGCAGGCCCUCCUACCUGGAGUGGCAGGCCAGGCUCGAGGAGCAGGCAUGGCCCUUCCCGAGGCCGGCUGCCGAGCAGGGGGAGCGUGAGGAAGCACAGCCCUCGCUCGCCACCGGAAAGCCCAGGCAGCAUCCUCCACUUAACCAAAACGCCAGCCAGGAUGACGUGACCCGGCCCGCGGGCAAGCUGGAAGGCUUUGAGAAUAUCGGCGAAGCGAUAGCCUGGCUCAGGAAGGAACUGACAGAGAUGCGGCUGCAGGACCAGCAGCUGGCCAGACAGCUCAUGCGCCUGCGCAGUGACAUCAACAAGCUGAAGAUCGAGCAGACCUGCGAUCUCCACAGGAGGAUGCUCAACGACGCCACCUAUGAGCUAGAGGAGCGGGAUGAGCUGUCCGACCUCUUCUGCGACUCCCCGCUGGCCUCCUCCUUCAGUCUCUCCACACCACUCAAGCUCAUUGGAGUCACCAAGAUGAACAUCAACUCCCGGAGGUUCUCCCUCUGUUGAGAAGCCCUAGAAGGUGGCAGAGGAGCCAGAACAGGGAGUUGAGGCUGAGUGGGUCUCUCCAGAGUUUGGGCUUCCCUGAGACUGAUGAUCUGUGGACCCCCAGGACCUGUCAGCUGGUGAUCUCCCCCAGGGCCCCAGCUUUGGAGCCCAACGCCCCCCGUGACUAGCUCUCACAUGAUACCCAAAGAGUCCUGCAGAAGGGCCACCCAUCCAGAUGUUCAGUGAGACCUGGGCUCCCAGCAUGACACAUCUCAGUACUCCCCUCAGUGAUCCACAUUCCUGUUUCCUGGAAUCACUGGUGCUAUGAGAACUGGGAUCCCAAAAGGGGGCCCCCAAAAGCUGUGAUUCUCACAGAAGGCUUCCCCACAGGCACUGAGCCCCCAGAGGGAGGUGAUUAAAUAUAUCACAUGUGCCCAUCGUUCUGCGGCUGUCCCCUAAGUACUGGCUAGAAUUACCCUAAAUAGGUGACUCAACAACCUUGACAGGGACCCACCAGGAAAGGAAAACCAAAAGGAAUAACAAAGUGCAGUUUGGGGAUGCAGACCCCACGGUUGGCACUCCUACCGUGUAAACUGUUUCCAAUGUGUGCAGGGACACACCAGUGUAGCUUGGGUGGAGCAAGCACAGAGGCCCUCUGAUGCCUGUCCGGCCACAUAUACCAGUCCCAAUCUCCAAAGAGCCCCUUUGCCACCCCACAACCCUGGGGGAGUGCCUAGGAGACCACUGGUGACGGGUCCAGGCAGGUCUGUCAGUGGAUUUCCCACAACUGAAUUCUCCCUGGGGCCAGAAGAGGCCUCCUGAUGGAUCCCAUCAGUGUCCCCUAUGUCACCUUCCUGCUCUGGCCAGAAAGAUUCCAGGGAGCCCAGACGCUCGCCCUGAGCUCCUCUGAGAUUCUGUGCCUGACUUAAAUGACUAAUUUUAAUUGAAUCAGACUGUUACUAAUCUGUUGCUAACUUGUUGAUUUUUGUCCAAAUGGCGAAGCCAGUUGGGUAGGUCUAGUACAGAGGUUCAGGAUUUUAUUUUAAAAGGUUCUCCCUAAUAACAAGUGUGAGGGUCAGCAAGGUGAGGACUGAGAUCUCAACAGGUUAGGAAAGUUAACCUGGUAGAGCACUAUGGGUCAGGUGUCCCCCACCAGCUGGGGGGAUUGACCUUUGAUGCCAUCUAGUCAAGGCCUCUCAUUCACAAAGAGUAAAGUGAAGCCAGGGAAGGAGAGAAUGACUCUCUUUAGGUUACACAGCUCAUUAGUGGCUAUAGAAUAUUGAUGUGUUAAAUCAUUAUUGAUGAUGCCUAGACAGAUCGUAUAUAAGUGAACUUGAACUCCAAAGAUGGUCCUAAUGCUUUGCCAAACCCACCAAUUUCCAACCCCUCUACUCUCCACCUCAUUCAACCCUCACAUGCACCUCUCACUUUGCAAUUCAGAAUAUCUGAGUCAAAUUCAGAGCAAUGUCUCAACAGCAGACCCACAGAACACAUAUUACCAAUCACGAUGCCAUAGUCGAUGCAAGGUGUCCUGCCUUUCAUGUUUCGUCUUCUUGUAUAAUGUCAUUGGGGCACACACACUCACACACCCCAGGACCCACACUGGGAAAAGGUUGCUUUUCCUUUGUGGACAGGGAGUGGGAGGAUGCAAAUGACGUCUCCCUAGUUAGACAGGAAAGAAGUUGGUUUCUUCCUUGUGAUUUCAAGGACCUGGAGGGUUUCUGCUUCCUUUAAAGAAGUUAUAACCACAUAGAGCCAAAUUUGUUUUGGCCUGACUCUGAGCUGUGACAAAAGUCUGAAGCCCAGAGACCUCGGGCAGAAGGCCAAGCCCCCUCAGGCAAGAAAGGAGGGAGAUUUUCUCCACCCAGUGAUGUCUCUCCUCAGGAAUACAUACAAGCACUGCCAAGGCCCACAGAGGCAUUCCUGCCAGGCUUCUUUGAGACAAGUUCUGCGGUCGCACCCUAUCAGGCAGGCCUACACACACUCACCACGCGCUCUGUAGAGACACACACGUAACACAUGCUCGAUCCCACACAGGAAAUCCCCUUCCAUACUCUGAAAAAAAAAGUGCCAAACUGAUUUUUUUUUUCUUUCUAGAAAUCAUUCAUCCCCAAAACUGAAAAAGUUGGAAUCAACGAUAGCUGAGUGAUUUAGUUGAAUUUCAUCAGCUCAAUUGGACUGAAGUCAAGUGGACAAUUUAGUUGCUCAGUUAGCCUGAUGCUUUCUUCCUUUCUUUGUUUUCUGAGAAGGAACUGAGCUCGAGGCACACUUUCUUGGAUAGGUUAGCUAUUUCAGCUAUUUUGCUUAGUUUAUCUCAAGAGAAUUUUCUUUCCAGAUAAGGCAGGAGGAGAAAGAGAAGGGGAAUCAGAGAAGAGAGGUGGAAGGGAAAAGACAGCUGCAUUUUCUUGUUGUCCAGUGUCGGCUAGCUUCCUUAUUUCCACAGUGAACGCAAACGUCUAACCAAGUCAGUUCAGCUUUGUGAAGUCCCUGCCUUGUGUGGGUCAAGAGGUGCCUAUGAGUUAGCUGCAACCUAACCUAUGUUGCCAGCUCCCCAGGGCAACCUUCUGGCUUACAAUUUGUAUGCAAUACCAUCUGCAGUUUUACUCAUUAUCUGCCCAUCUCCUUGCCAUCCCCAAGGACUCCUGGGUGUAAAGCUCAAAGUCUCCAUUGACACUGCCAUGCGUGGUAAUGUCUGAUGCCUUCAUGGGCUCAGCAGUGAUCACAGAGGCCUGGGGAGCUGGGCAGGCUUGAGAUGAGCUGACCCAGCCCCAGGUCUCCUCCCUGUAGCAAUACCAAGUGCUAUUACAUAAUCAAUGGACAGUUUGUAAUUUUAUUUUUUAUGAUUAUUUGUUUCUAUAUUGCUGUUAGAAAAAGUGAAAUAAAAUAUUUCAAAAGAAGA